UCACAUACAGUCUAUGGUUCACACUGCACCACGAUACAGUUCCGGUUCCCACCUCGCAACAGCACUUUAGCUACAACGACGGCGGGAAGUUGUUAUCAUCAAUUUAACCACAAAUCAGGAACAACUAAAAGGACGAAAUUGUUAACGAUUGACAUUUCACUAUCUAAUAUUGAUGGAUCUGUAAUCGGAAAUACGCUAACUGUAAACUAAGUUUAGCGGCGUGGGAUUCAGCUAACAUGGCUAAUGUCGGAAACCAGCUACCAACACAGGCCGUUAGCAAGCCUGCUGCAGGAAAACAUGGAAAUGUAUUGCCCCUGUGGGGCAACGAAAAGACUAUGAACCUCAACCCAAUGAUCCUUACAAAUGUGCUGUCUUCGCCAUAUUUCAAAGUUCAGCUUUAUGAACUAAAGACCUACCAUGAAGUUGUUGACGAAAUCUACUUCAAGGUGACUCACGCAGAGCCCUGGGAAAAAGGAAGCAGAAAGACUGCAGGCCAGACUGGAAUGUGCGGAGGGGUGCGUGGAGUUGGGACUGGAGGUAUUGUGUCUACUGCUUUCUGCCUCCUAUACAAACUGUUUACUCUCAAGCUGACUCGCAAACAGCUUAUGGGUCUGAUCACUCACACAGACUCUCCAUACAUCAGAGCACUUGGCUUUAUGUACAUAAGAUACACUCAGCCCCCAGCAGAUUUGAUAGAAUGGUACGAUGGCUUCCUGGAUGAUGAGGAGGUAUGUCACCUCGGAUGCCCAUGUGCAGCAGGUGAAUUGGAUAUUGUAUCUCAGCACUGUUGGUUUGCGUGUGAGCUCGACGUGAAGGCAGGAGGCGGCUGUGUGAUGACAAUUGGAGAGAUGCUGCGCUCCUUCUUGACCAAACUGGAGUGGUUCUCCACUCUGUUCCCCCGUAUCCCAGUGCCUGUGCAGAAGAUUAUUGACCAGCAGAUGAAGGCUAGGCCUCGUAAAGUUGCUCAGAAGGAGACACAGGAAGACGAAGCUGCAUUCGCAGAGUCAGGGAAGCAAGGGGAACGACGCCGCUCCAGGACACCCAGACGGACACCAAGCCCCAGAAGAUCACCCAAACGGUCAAGGAGCAGGAGCCACCACCGUGAGAGAGACCGCCACGGCCCCAGCUUUGACCGAGAGCUGGAGAGGGAGCGUGACCGCCAGAGGAAGGAAAGGGAGGGCAGGGACCGGGAUAGAGGGGACCGAGGGGACAGGGAGAGACGACGGUCUCGCAGCGCAGACAGGAACCAAGACCGGCGAGAACGCAGAAGAAGUCGCAGUGGCAGCCGGGACCGCAGGAGCGAACGUAGAGACAAAGAAAGAGACGGCGGGGAUGACAAGAGCAGGAGGAAGGACAGGGAACACCAUAAAGAUAGAGGCGCUGAGAGGGAGAAGUCCAGGGAUAAAAAGAGCAGGGGAGAGGCCGAUGACAGGAGGCAUAAAGACGAUAGGGAGAGGCACAGAGAAGAGAGGAAGGCCAAAAGGUCGAGCCGGAGUCGAAGCAGGGAGAAGAGACACAAAAGUGGGGGAGAGGAGAAGAGCAGGAAACGAGAGCUCAGCCACAGCAGAGAUAGAGACAGGGAGAGAGACGGAGAACAGCGUCCUCACAAACGUAGUCGUAGCAAAGAGAAGAGCCAUCACCAGCGAGAGUCCAGUAAUGAUCAUAGUAAACAUAGUGAACGCAGAAGGAGUCAGAGCACUGAGUAAAUGCCGCCUCGCAGCAAAAUCACUUCUUCUACUCCUGUUUUUGGUUUCCUCCUUUUUUCUACCCAGCUGUCUGGUUUGUCACUUGUGCUAAAGAGGGAAUGUCAACACAUCGGACAUCUGGCGUUGUUGUCUUUGGCCAAUGUAAUGUUGCUUUACGUCUUUUUCACUCCCCAUUAGACCAUUACUAGUCUUCACUUGAAAUUUGAAAAGUGGCAAACAUGGCAUUUUAAUUUUCUAUGGUUCGUUCUUUUGCCCCAGGAAGAUGUGGGUUUGUACAUAAUGUUUCAGAGGCUGUCUACACACGAUACGUGGUCUGAGUUGCAUUCGUUGCUGGGUUGGAUGCAGCCAGUGCCAAAAGCUCAACUCAACACUAUCGUCAUGUAAUUUAUGUAAUUUAAGAAUAACUGUUAUUUUCAGGCUGUAGAAAAGCCAAAACACAUUUUUAAAUUUGACUAAUAUUACAGUACGUAUGUCCGAAGUGUCUUCAUAUUUAAGCUUCUUGGUCAGCUGACCCUUCAAACAUGCUUUGAAGGGUCACAAGUAAACGGUUGAAGAAAUCUGAGCGUAGCGGCGAUGCAGAUCAACAAUGGCUCACGCCGGCACAAAGCAAUUCUGUCCAUGCUCGUGUGUAGACAGCCUGAGAAUGUUUUAAUCCUCUAAAGGGCAGUCUGCAAAGUGUAAUUUUUACCACACACACUGAGCCCUGCUUGUGCUGUGUUUGGAUUACUGCUCUGUUGCAUUUUGUUUUCUAAUAAAACACUUUUACAAACAA